CUAUAUUAGUGACAGUGCAUUAGUAUGAGGAGAAAGCUGCUAACACCCUUUUGUGAAGUAGAACUUGUUCACUGUGCUUUUUAAAUGUGUAUGGUCAUAUUUGCUCCGAUCUUUGCCGUCUGUGCAUUUGCAACAUGUGGAGGGUACUCUGGUCACCUGCGGGUUAGAGUGGAAUGUCUGGACAAGAGCCAGAGCAACCUUAGCAUCACAGUAAACUUUGCCUAUCCCUUCAGGUUACAGCAGGUCCAUUUCCAGCCCACGCUGUGUGAGAGGAACAGACAGGAGAGCAUCUUCCUAGUCGGAGACUAUUCCUCCUCAGCUCAGUUUUUUGUGACCGUGGCUGUCUUUGCCUUCUUCUACUCCCUGAUGGCCACCGUAGUGUACAUCUACUACCAGAACAAGUAUCGCGAGGGUAACAGAGGACCGUUGGUGGACUUUGUAGUGACCGUGCUGUUCGCCUUCAUGUGGUUGGUGAGUUCCUGUGCUUGGGCCAAAUCUCUGUCUGAUGUAAAGUCAGCCACUGAUCCCAACCAGGUCCUCCUGCUAAUCUCUGCCUGCAGAUACCCGGCCAACCGGUGUUCAGCUUCCCACCACCCAGUCUGGUCUGAGCUCAACACGUCUGUGGUUUUUGGUUUUGUAAACUUUAUCCUCUGGACCGGCAACAUCUGGUUUGUCUUCAAAGAGACAGGCUGGUACAAGACUGGCCAGAGGUACCCAAUGAGAAGCGCCUCUGGGAGACGGGCCAAUGGGAUGAGCCAACGGCUCUACAGCCAAAGCAGUUUCGACCAAUCAGGGGACAGCUUCUAUCAACAUCCAUACAGGCAGGCUAGUUUUGAUCAAUCACGGGAGAGCUUUGGCCAGCAGCACUACAGCCAAGGUAGCUUCAACCAAUCAAUAGGGAGCUUCCGCUUGCCACAGACCCGUCUAGGACAGCCAAUCAUCAUUAGUCAGGGAGAUGUCACCUCUAAAGGGCUUAAUCCCAUGAUAUUUGUCAAUGAUAUUUAGAUCACAUUUCAUAUAUAUUUUCCCCUCAUCUACUUACCCUCACAAACUUAACUAGAUCUGAAAAUACUUGCAUAUUGAUACCUGACCAUAAGCAGGGUUGGGUAUGUGACUGUCUAAGUGAAAUACGUUGCAGUUACUAGUUAUCUGUCUUAAAAUUUUAAUCAGUAACAUUACUUUUGGAUUGCCCAAAUUCAGUAACGUAAUCUGAUUACCUUCAGUUACUUUUGGAUUACUCUGCCAUUAAGAGGCAUUUGAAGAAAACAAAAAGGAUCCAUCAAAUGCAUUUGGUGUGUCGUCAUAGGGGUCUCUGACUUGUGGUCAGACUCGCUCAGGUGGAACAAACUUAAUUGAAUGUCAUUGAGAAACAGAAAGGUGUCUGUCACGAAUAUUACCGAAGGUGACUCCCCUUCUUAUUCGGGUGGCGCUCGGCGGUCGUCGUCGCCGGUCUACUAGCUAUCACCGAUCCGUUGUUCUGUGUUCCUUUAGUUCUGUCUAAUUGGUAGCACCUGUUUCUUGUUUGGUUGUUAGGGUAGGGUUAUAUAUAGUUUGUUCAGCCCGCUUCUGUUUCGUGCGGGCUUGUUCGUCUGUUCUUUGUUUGAGUGUAUUUUGUUUGUAUUUUGGGUUUCACGCUGUCCGUUUAUAUUUCUGUUCAUUUGUUUUCCUACUUUUGUUCAUGUUAUUUAUCCAGGACAUUAAAGCGUGUUUUUUCCCACAUCUUUUGCUCUCUGCGCCUGACUCCACACCUCCUCACUCAUCUGCCGUAACAGUGUCAUAAUGUAUUUUCUUCUCAAACAUCCUUUCUGAAUUUAAAAGUAGCCUAAAGCAAAAAGUAAUCAUCUAUUUUUUCAACAGUAUCUCGAACCUGAUUACAAUAUUUUUGCUGGUAACAUAACUGAUUGCAGUUACAGUUUUUUGUGAUCAGAUUACAUGUAGCUGAUUACAUUUGACCAUGAGGUAUAGGUCACCACUCCCAUGUAGAUUUCCAGAUAUGAAGUUUGCGAGGGCACGUGGAUGAACGUGAUAUCUACAGGGGUGGACUGUAAGAGAGAAAGAUGACAAGAAGAAGGCAUACUGAAGGGGAAGGAAGGAUUUAGCAAGUGAGUUUUUAAGAGGACAUCGGAGUAGACUGAAAAAAUGUAUCAGAAAUGGAAAUAAAGUGAGAAAAGACUGUGAAUAGUGUGAAUGUGAGUGGUUUGGCUCCUCUCACAUUCAUGUACAUUAUUGUACAACCUUGAGCAAGGUACUUAACCCUAGUUCCUCUGGAUAAGAGUGUCUGUAAAAUGAUUGAUAUUUUUAAUGACAAAUUGUUUCAUGCUUCAGUAAGUUUGUGCUGUUGAAUUGAAAACUGUGAACCGCCUGUUAUAUAUAUAUACUCUAAUUAUACCUCAUCUGAUGUUCAAAUGGUUGCAGUGAGUUUGAUUGGUGGUGGCUGUGCUCUGCUGAUAGUGUCAUGCAGUGAUGUUCUACAGUGAGUCGUUCCACAUAUUUUGUAUACGUGUUGUAAUUUCUCAAUGGUUUUAAAGUGAUGGUGAUAUUUCACGGGGAUCUAAAUAAUACAGACAUUUGAAGAUGCAUAAAUAAAGCCU